GAUCUAACUUUUUUAAAAACUGAGAUAUAAUGACGAAACAUAAGAGUCAAGCCACACCCCGGUCGGUAGGCGGCGGUCGUGAGGUGCUCGGAUUAAAAUAAACGAAGAAGACGCGGUCCUUACAGAAGUGUGGAGGAGUUGCAAAGUGCCCGGCUGAAAGAUGCAGACGCCAGCUGAGUCCAUCCUCCACAGCGGGUACUUCCACCCCACGCUCAGGUGCUGGCAGACCUGCGCGGCCGAUCUGAGACCGGACAAUCUUAUCUACCCCAUAUUCAUCACAGACAGUGCGGAUGCAGUGGAGCCCAUCGGCAGCCUGCCGGGACAGGCAAGAUACGGGGUGAACAAGCUGGAGGAGAUGCUGCGGCCGCUGGUGGACAACGGCCUGAAAUGCGUCCUGAUAUUUGGCGUCCCUGCAAAAAUCCAAAAGGACGACCGCGGCUCCGGCGCCGACACCGCCGACACGCCGGCCGUGCUGGCGGUGAAGAAGAUCCGGUCGCUGUUCCCGGAGCUGCUGGUGGCGUGCGACGUCUGUCUCUGUCCCUACACGUCACACGGACACUGCGGCAUCUUGAACGAUGACGGCACUCUGGACAACGACGCCAGCUGUCUGCGUCUGGGCGAAGUGGCGCUGGCGUACGCACAAGCCGGCUGCCACAUCAUCGCUCCCUCCGACAUGAUGGACGGAAGAGUCCGAGCCAUAAAAAACGCACUCAUAUCCAAUGGUUUGGGGAACAAGGUUUCGGUGCUGAGCUACAGCGCCAAGUUUGCGUCGUGUUACUACGGUCCCUUCAGGGACGCGGCUCAGUCCAAGCCGGCGUUCGGGGACCGGCGCUGCUACCAGCUGCCUCCGGGCGCCAGGGGCCUGGCGGUCCGGGCCGUGGAGCGGGACGUGAGGGAGGGGGCCGACAUGCUGAUGGUGAAGCCGGGUCUGCCCUACCUGGACAUCGUCAGGCAGGUCAAGGACAAGUUCCCCACCCACCCUCUGGCGGUGUACAACGUGUCGGGGGAGUUCGCCAUGAUGUGGCACGGCGCUCAGGCGGGGGCCUUCGACCUGCGGGCGGCCGUGAUGGAGGCCAUGACCGCCUUCCGCCGGGCAGGAGCCGACAUCAUCAUCACCUACUACACACCUCAGCUGCUCGGCUGGCUGAAGGAGUGACGGCGGCCAGGCGGACCCUGAAGUGGACCAGCCUCCUGUUGGCUCAAUCAUCUGUUCAUUGGUUCUGAUCGGUUUUACUUUAAGUGAAUAGAUCAAAGGGCUAAUGGGAAAUAUGAAUGUAAAAGCUGACUGAUUAGUGUUUCAGCACCAAAAAUUACCAUGUGUCAUAUUGAGGUUGUAUGAAGUCAGUGUAUCUCAACCACCCUGAUAAAGAACACUAUUAGUCAACAUGUCUCAGCUAUCCGUCAUGUUAAUCGAUGUUGCUCCUUAUUACAGAAAAUAAAGUUCUUAA